CAGAGGCAAUCAAUUAUCUGUGCAAAGUUAAAGAAACCCUGUGUUCGUGUUUAGCCUACUUUGUGUGGGUUGACUGUCUUCUUGUACUCCACUGUCUCUGUUUCUCUGUUUUUUUGCAUGUGGAACUGUGCAUUUUUCCUGAAGUUUUAACCAAUGUUUUUCCUUUGUAGAACAGUGCGGUUAGCCAUGAGGAAAGCCACUGGAUUUUACAAUGUUUCUGGCCCACCUCUAGGAUGUACAGUCCUUGCAGUCUGGCACGAUCACAUUUAAAGGGGACACCCACAGGGCACUUUGACCUGUCACUCAGGGUUGACUUAAAAAAAAAAAGUUCAAGUGUUUAUGUGUGUGUGUUCUCACCACUGGAUUCACAACCAGCUUAGAUUUAUUAGGUUAGGGAGAACAUUGCAAAAACAUUGCCCUCCAUGGUUUCUGCCCUACUCAAGAGCCUGCCAUCUUACAUUGUAAAGAUUUGCAAAGGAAUGUUUACAAAGAAAUUGGCGAAUCCCAUAAAGAAGAGAGAAGAGAGCAGCGAAAAUAAAAAAGAGCCAAAAUUGACCCCUGAUGCACACGCACGAAAUCCAGUUUUUUCCACGGCACUGAAAAGCACAGUCAAAAAAAUCUCCAAAUGUUCAUCGGCACGCAAUAUAUCCCUUGAGGAAGACGACGGCACCAACGAUUGCUCAUCACUUUCCCCGACAUUUAGUUACCGUGUAGCGAUAGCUAACGGACUCCAAAAAAACCCACUCUUAGGUAAAAAUAAUGAGGGCCUCCUUCAUGAGGUUUUGUCCAUCGAUAGCAAUUAUUCUGACUCCCUGAGCGAGGCAAAACUUAGACGCAGAUUCGAUGAACACAAAGCUCUUACCAUGCCAGUGAGAAGGAACCGGAAGAGUCUGAUCAGUCUAGCGCCCUCUGAUGGCAGCUCUGAGGGGGAACGGGUGGAGCGCUCCAGCCUGCAGACCCUUCGGCUGGGCGCCCUGCGCAAGCUCAGGAAGUGGAAAAAAAGUCAAGAAUGCGUCUCCUCAGAUUCAGACGUCAGCAACUGGCGGAAGACUCUGGGAAUCCGGAGCAAGUCCCUGGACAGGGCUGGGCGGCAGCAGAAGGCAGCCUCCUUCGAACCCGGGUCGAGCUCCACGGGCUGUAUCAGCCAGACCCAGGAUGUGAUGGAGAUGAUCUUCAAGGAGCUGCAGGGCAUCAGCCAGAUCGAGACGGAGCUCUCCGAGCUGAGGGGCCACGUCAACGCCCUCAAAAACUCCAUCGACGAGAUCUCCAGCAGCGUGGAGGUGGUGCAGAGCGAGAUCGAGCAGCUGCGGUCAGGCUUUGUGCAGUCCAGGCGGGAGACGCGCGACAUCCACGACUACAUCAAACAGAUCUGCCACCAGGGCAGCAACACCACCCUGCGGUUCCUGAACGUGCCUGAGGAGAAGCAUGAGAAAACCGAUAAUCUCAUUUACCAAAUUUUAAAAGAGAAAAUGGGUUUUACCGAAGCACACAAGACCAUUAAGAUUGAACUCGCCCACCGGUUAGGGCAACAAAGAGAAUGUCCCAAUGCCAAGCCCCGCCCCAUCAUUGUUAUCUUUUCAACCUCUCAGGAUAGGGAUUUAGUUUUGAAAAAGUGUUACAAACUCAAAGGCACCGGCAUAUCGAUCUCUACCGAUAGCCUUGUUCACGAGACGAAAGAGCGGAAGGACAAAGCAUUGACCUCCUCCCAGACUUAUGAAAGCAUGGACAUCAAAGUCUCCGCAAAAGAUAAAAACGAUAUUGAUGACUGGGACUCCAUGGACAGUGACAAAGAGCUGGAAGAUCUGAACAGGAACAAAUAUGCAAUCGUGUCCAAGACGCCACACAAAAGCAAAUCGGAAAAAAAAAAAUCUCACGAGGUUCACGAGCGGACUGUCGACAGCAGUACAUUUCCCGGCUCCGUUCAUUACGCUGACGACACUUACCAAACAGCUGGGUACGAAGACAACGACAAGCAGGCAAAGUCCUAUUACUCAGACUUAACCCCUGUCUGGCUUUCUCAGAGCGAGUACUCAACACCCAAGCUCAGCCGCUCAGAGUCGGACUGUUCCAAACUCUGCCCGUCUUACUCCGAGGACUUCUCUGAGAGCCAGUACUUCAGCAGAGCCAAUGGCUGCUCCCUUCUCUCAUCCUCGGACCAAGAGCUGUGGCAGAGGAAGCAAGAGGACAUGGCGAACUCCUGGUACACAAGCCCGCCCAGCCAAACCCUAAGCCAGGAGAACCCACCUUACGCGGAACCCAACGAGGUGGAGACGACGGAAACAGUCGACAGUGGGGUGAGCAAUGGGGUCGUCUGUGUCUCGGGUGAUAGGAGUCACUACAGCAGCUCCCAGCUCUCUCUGCAGGGUGAUCUGUCGCCUUGGAAGGACUGGCAUCAUUUAGAGCAAGGUGCGGACUCUGGCCUGGAUGCCUCCACUGAGCAGAACGUGGUUUCAGAGGUCAGCAGCCCAUUUGACCCCUCAGUUCAUGCUGGUUUCCCUGAAAACAUCACAAAAUGCCAGGAGGUGGACUUACAGUUUGAAGGAGAGAACUACACGACGCUCGACAGCACUCCGCAGUUUGAAGGAGAAAACUACACAACCCUCGAUAGCACCCCACAGUUCGAGGGAGAGAACUACACAGCCCUCGACGGCACACCUUCCACCGGCCCUUGCGUAGAGAACGAACGUGAAAUUCAGCCAGCUGCCCAAAGCCAACCUUACCAAGAGGUCAGCGUAAACACCGUCUAUCAAAACCAAUCCAAAUCCUCAACCAUGUACCGCAGUCAGAGCGAGAUCAGAAGGGAAAAGACAGAGGACCCUCCCAAAUCCUGGCACAGCCGGCUCAGCAUAGACCUGUCCGACAAAACGUUCAGUUUCCCCACAUUCGGGUCUACCCUGCAGCGGGCUAAGUCCGCUCUGGAGGUCGUUUGGAACAAAAGCUCCCAAAGUGUAAACGCCCCCGAGGAGCCAAGUAACUCCACCUUCAUGGGCCGGUUCCGGACCUUGUCCCAGUCCACGGCCAACGACUCCAGUACCACCAUCGACUCUGACGUGUACACGGAGCCGUUCUACUACAAAGCCGAUGAGGAAGAGGCCGGCGAGCCAGCAGUGGACAAUGAGACGCAUUACGUGGAGGUCAUGGAGCAAGUGCUGGCUAAUCUGGAGAACAGGACGAACGCCAACGAGCCUGAGCAGGAGCAGUACCAACAGUACGAGGUGGGAGGGAACAUCGUGCUGGAGUAUGACUGCAGCUACGACGAGCAGUACGACGCGGAGUACAGCGAAGAGUACGAGGACAACCCGGUGACGGAGGACACGCAAGAGUAUGAGGCGAUGGUCUACGCGGAAGAAACGGAGGACACCGAAGAGGCGGAGGACACCGAGGAGACGGAAGUGACUGAAGAGAUCGAUGCAAUCGACGAAAGUGAGGCCACUGAGGAAAUCGAGGUAACGGAGGAAGUAAUUGAACAGCAAGAGGAUGAAAACCAAAAUGUUCCAGAGGAGCUGCCAGUUGAAACCCCGCCCAAAAAGAGGAUACGACCGACGUUCAAAGAAGCCGCUCUGAGGGCUUACAGGAAACAAAUGGCCGAGCUGGAGGAGCAGAUACUUGCUGGAGAUAGCAGUGCUUUGGACACGCAGGCACGACUUGUAGGUGGCAAUGUCCUGGACCCCUCAAAACUUCUCGGACUUCAGGGAGCAGGACCUGGCAGCAUACUUUAUGGUAUUGACAGCAUGCCGGAUUUACGACGCAAGAGGACCAUGCCUAUUGUCCGAGACCUAGCUUUGACGCUGGCUGCUCGAAAGGCAGGCAUAUCCUUUGCCCUCGUGACCAGAUCUACCUUAAACAAUGAAGACUUGAAACUGCACGUCCUGAGGAAAACCCUGCAGGCCUUAAUUUACCCCAUUUCGUCCACCACCCCGCACAAUUUCGAGGUGUGGACGGCGACCACGCCCACCUACUGCUACGAGUGCGAGGGCCUGCUGUGGGGCAUCGCCCGACAGGGCAUGCGCUGCACCGAGUGCGGGGUCAAGUGUCACGAGAAGUGCCAGGACCUCCUCAAUGCCGACUGCCUGCAGAGGGCCGUAGAAAAGAGCUCCAAGCACGGCGCUGAGGACAAAACCCAGAACAUCAUCAUGGCCAUGAAGGAGAGGAUGAAGAUACGGGAGAAGAACCGGCCCGAGGUGUUCGAGGUCAUCCAGGAGAUGUUCCAGAUCACCAAGGAGGACUUCGGCCCCCACCUGAAGGCAGCCAAGCAGGCUGUGCUUGAGGGCACCUCGAAGUGGUCCGCCAAAAUCACCAUCACAGUGCUGUGCGCGCAGGGGUUGCAAGCUAAGGACAAGACCGGCUCCAGUGACCCCUAUGUCACCGUGCAAGUGGGCAAGACCAAGCGCCGGACCAAGACCAUCUUCGGGAACCUGAACCCUAUCUGGGACGAGAAGUUCUUCUUCGAGUGCCACAACGCCACUGACCGGAUUAAGGUGAGAGUGUGGGACGAGGACGAUGACAUCAAGUCGCGGGUGAAGCAGCACUUCAAAAAGGAGUCGGACGACUUCCUCGGGCAAACGAUCAUCGAAGUGAGGACACUCAGCGGCGAGAUGGACGUGUGGUACAACCUGGAGAAGCGAACUGAUAAGUCUGCAGUGUCCGGAGCCAUAAGGCUGAAGAUCAGUGUGGAGAUGAAAGGAGAGGAGAAGGUGGCUCCGCCCCAUGGCCAAUACACCUGCCUGCACGAGAACCUGUUCCACUACCUGACGGAGGUGAAGAACGGUGGGGUGGUGAAGAUUCCCGAGGUCAAGGGUGAGGAGGCCUGGAAGGUCUACUUCGACGAUGUCUCUCAGGAAAUUGUGGACGAGUUCGCCAUGCGUUACGGGGUGGAAGCCAUAUACCAGGCCAUGACCCAUUUCUCCUGCCUGUCCUCCAAGUACAUGUGUCCCGGAGUUCCCGCGGUGAUGAGCAACCUGCUGGCCAACAUCAAUGCCUACUUCGCUCACACCACCACGGCCACCACCAACAUCUCUGCCUCGGACCGAUUCGCCGCCUCCAACUUCGGGAGGGAAAAAUUUGUCAAGCUCCUUGAUCAGCUGCACAAUUCUUUGAGGAUUGAUUUGUCUAAAUAUCGGGAUAAUUUCCCUGCUGGAAACCCUGAGAGGCUCCAGGACCUGAAGUCCACGGUGGAUCUCCUAACCAGCAUCACCUUCUUCAGGAUGAAGGUGCAGGAGCUUCAGAGUCCACCCAGAGCCAGCAUGGUGGUGAAGGAUUGCGUACGGGCCUGUCUGGACUCCACCUACAAGUACAUUUUCGACAACUGCCACGAGCUCUACAACCAGCUUCUCGAUCAGGCCAAGAAGCAGGAUAUCCCACGCGAGGAGCAGGGCCCGUCAAUCAAGAAUCUGGACUUCUGGCCGAAGCUCAUCACUCUGAUGGUGUCGGUCAUUGACGAGGACAGGACGGCGUACACCCCUGUGAUCAAUCAGUUCCCACAAGAGCUGAACAUGGGAAAGAUCAGUGCAGAGAUCACAUGGAACCUCUUUGCUAUGGAUAUGAAGUACGCAAUGGAAGAACAUGAAAAACACAGACUGUGUAAAAGCACGGAGUACAUGAAUCUGCACUUCAAAGUGAAAUGGUUCCACAACGAGUACGUCAAAGACCUCCCUGCCUUCAAGGACACCGUUCCGGAAUAUUCUCUGUGGUUCGAGCCCUUUGUCAUUCAGUGGCUGGAUGAGAACGAAGACGUCUCCAUGGAGUUCCUGCACGGCGCACUGGAGAGGGAUAAAAAGGAUGGCUUCCAGCAGACCUCGGAGCACGCCCUGUUUUCCUGCUCUGUGGUGGACGUCUUCACCCAGCUCAACCAGAGCUUCGAGAUCAUCAGGAAGCUGGAGUGCCCCAAUCCGCAGGCGCUGGCGCACUUCAUGUGCCGAUUCGCCAAGACCAUCAACAAAGUCCUACUACAGUAUGCAGCCAUUGUAUCAAAGGAUUUUAGCAAUCAUCUGAGUAAGGAGAAAGUGCCCUGUAUCCUCCUCAAUAACAUUCAGCAGCUACGAGUUCAACUGGAGAAGAUGUUUGAAUCUAUGGGCGGGAAACAGCUAGACGCAGAGGCCAGUGACCUCCUGAAGGAGCUUCAGAACAAGCUGAAUGCUGUCCUGGACGAGCUGAGCGGGGUAUUUGGAUCCAGUUUCAAGCCUGUUAUUGAAGACUGUGUGAAGCAGAUGAACCAGGAGCUGGUUCAGAUGAAGGGGAACGGCGCGGGAAACAAAAGCAACGCGGCUCUGGAUGCGGAGACGGUGCUGAGGCCCCUCAUGGAUCUGCUGGAUAAAAACCUGAUUUUGUUUGCUAAGAUCUGUGAGAAGACAGUUCUGAAGAGGGUGCUGAAAGAGCUAUGGAAGAUCGUCCUGAACAGCAUAGAGAAGCAGAUCGUGCUGCCUCCUCUCACAGACCAGAGCCAAGGUGCUCAGAUGCUGUUCAGUGCUGCAAAGGACCUGGGACAGCUGUCCAAACUGAAGGAGCACGUGAUCCGGGAGGAUGCCAGGAGUCUGUCGCCACGGCAAUGUGCUGCCAUGGAUUUAGUCCUUCCCACCAUCAAGCAAUACUUCCACGCGGGAGGAAACGGGCUGAAGAAGACUUUUCUGGAGAGGAGCCCAGACCUGAAGUCUCUGAAGUAUGCUCUUAGCCUUUACACACAAACUACAGAUGCCUUGAUCAAGAAGUAUAUAUGCACCCAGACCUCUCAAGGUCAGUCAUCCAGCGGAUCAGUGGGCGAGGUGUCCAUCCAAGUGGAUCUCAUUUCUCAUCCCGGCACCGGCGAGCACAAAGUCAAUGUGAAAGUCGCUGCAGUGAAUAACCUCAGCUGGCAGACGAAUGCCAUGUUCCGCCCCUUCGUGGAGAUCAAUGCAGUCGGCCCCAGCCUGGCCGACAAGAAGCGCAAAUUCGGCACCAAAACCAAGAACAACACCUGGUCUCCCAAGUACAAUGAGUCCUUCCAGUUCGUCCUGAGUAACGAGCAUGAACCAGGGGCCUACGAGCUGCACGUCUCGGUGAAGGACUACUGCUUUGCCAGGGAGGACCGCGUCAUCGGCAUGACCGUCAUCCAGCUGAGAGAGCUGGGUGACAAGGGGAGCUGCUCAGCCUGGCACCCCCUGGUCAGGAACAUCACCAUGGACGAGACUGGGUUGACCAUCAUGAGGAUUCUCUCCCAGAGGACCAGCGACGAAGUGGCCAAAGAGUUUGUACGCCUCAAGUCAGAAACGCGGUCUGCCGAAGAAGUGCCGUGAGAAGGAAGAGGGGCCACAGCCGAGGGGAAGUGCAACCAUGGGGGUUGAGAAGAGUCGUGUUGUUUGUUUUUGUGCAUGUGUGUGAAACAUCUGUCGGAAUGUUCAUUUAAAAAAAAACUACAGUAUGUACAAGCGUUUACCUAUACUUGCUAUGAAGUACUAUAUUCUCCGAGUUAUGUUAAAGAGAUAUUAAAUACAUUUUUGUACUAAAUUUAGUCUUUUUGAACAGAAAUUUGUUCAGAUGAAGUGCCAAACCAGAGAAAAAAAAAAAGACAUCUAAACGAAAAUAUAAAAACCAUGGUGAUCUUGGUACCUUUUGAAUUUGCUCGGUUAUUUUGUCCAGUGUUACUCAUUUUCCCUUCAAAAGUGUUGCAUUUUAAUUAUUCAAUAUAUUCGUUUGCACUGUGUUUCUGACAGUGCUCUACACAACACAUGUUGUGCAUGUCCUGUUUUCCAAACCAUCUCCUCAUCACCUCACAGUGACCAUUGGCUUUGGUCUUACCCCUCCAAUCUACUGUUUUGUGCAGACCUGAAAAGAGGCCAUUUUUCCCAAAAAAGGCAACGACUGCUAUGUAAAUCUUCGUAGGUGUUUGUAAUUUUAUAAUCACUGACAAUAGCGAGAGCAUCCUCCCGCAUAUUUGGUCCAGGUAGACAGGGGUGGAAGCUUGUUUUUUUGUUGUUUUUUUUUCUCAUUGUUUUUUUUGGGCCAUUGGCUUUCCCUGCCUUUCUGAAUAAUCACUGUGAACAUGAGUGUUGGAGAGAAAGCUUACAUAACACUGCUGACAGUUUGAUAUUGUUGUUUCAUAUCUAAAAAAAACUUUGUUCCUGAGAAACUGCCAAAGUUACAUAAAAAUGUUUGUAUAAAAAGCAAUC